UGUAUUUUGAAUUUUGCGCGCUCAAAUUCUGGUUGGCUUUGGGUUUCUGCUCAUUUGCUGGUAUACUGGGUGGUGCAGAAUCUAGAUAGCUGAAAAUGGAGGAUAUGGACGAGAUUGACGCGGUUCCUCAGGUUUACAUGGCUUGCAUACUAAAUGGUCAUAGAAUAGGAAUUUCUUAUUAUGAUUCCACCCUUCGCCAACUUUAUGUACUUGAAGUUUGGGAUGAUGGUGACAAAGGUUUUCCAGUUAUUGAUCUGGUGAAAUAUCAAGCCAACCCUUUGGUUAUUUACACAAGCACUAAAAGUGAAGAAUCCUUCUUGUCUGCUCUGCAACAAAAGGAUGGAGUAGCUGAGUAUCCUGCAGUAAAGCUUGUUAAAAGUUCAAUAUUCAGCUACGAGCAAGCAUGGCAUAGAUUAAUUUACCUGCGAGUGGCGGGGAUGGAUGAUGGAUUAAAUGUGAAGGAGAGGAUUUACUAUCUGAGUUCCAUGAUGGACAUGGGAAGUGAAGUACAGGUUCGUGCUAGUGGUGGUCUUCUUGCAAUACUAGAGAGUGAAAGGAUUGUAGAUACUCUUGAACAGAAAGAAUCUGGAAAUACAUCAAUUUCAAUUGAUUCUGUUGCAGAAAUUUCAUUAAAUAACUUUCUCAAACUUGAUGCAGCAGCUCAUGAAGCAUUACAAAUAUUCCAAAUAGACAAGCACCCAAGCCAUAUGGGAAUUGGUAGAGCAAAAGAAGGGUUUUCAGUAUUUGGAAUGAUGAAUAAGUGUGUGACUCCGAUGGGUAGACGUCUUUUGAGAAAUUGGUUCUUAAGGCCUGUUCUUGAUCUUGAAGUUCUGAACUACCGUUUAAAUUCUAUAUCUUUUUUUCUAUGCUCAGAAGAAAUUGUUGCUUCAUUACGGGAAACCUUGAAAUCCGUGAAGGAUAUACCCCACUUGCUGAAGAAAUUUGACUCUCCAAGCUCUACGUGCACAAGCUCUGAUUGGGCAGCUCUUCUCAAGAGUAUUUGUGCGCUGUUGCAUGUAAACAAGAUUUUUGAAGUUGGAUUUUCCGAAGACCUUCGUGAAGAAUUGAAGUAUUUAAACUUGGACAUUGUCGAGAAGGCUAGCUCAUGCAUAACGUCAGAACUUGGUUAUGUUUAUGAACUGGUAAUUGGCGUUAUUGAUUUAAAUAGAACUAAAGAGAAAGGUUAUGCGACGGUUGUGAAGGAAGGUUUCUGUGACGAGUUAGAUGAGCUGAGGCAAAUAUAUGAGGAACUGCCGGAAUUUCUGGAAGAGGUUUCAUCCUUGGAAUUGGCUCAACAUCCCGGUCUAUGCAAGGACAAGGGUUCUUAUGUUUAUAUACAGCAAAUAGGUUAUUUAAUGUGUAUCUUUGAAGAAAAACCUGAAGAAACCUCUCUGGAGACACUUGUAGAUUGGGAAUACGCAUUUUGUGACACAGAUGGAGAGACAAAAAGAUACUUUUAUCGUACGCCAAAGACACGAGAAUUGGAUAGUCUGCUUGGUGAUAUCCAUCAUAAAAUUCUAGAUAUGGAGAGGGCAAUCACCAGAGAUUUGUUUUCGCGUAUAUUGCUGUUCCAAACCCUUUUGAUAAAGGUGGCAACUUUUGCAGCUGAACUGGAUUGCUUUCUGUCAAUGGCAUUGGUUGCACGGCAGAACAACUACGUCAGGCCUUCAUUGACUGAAGAAAAUUUGCUUGAUAUAAAAAAUGGAAGGCAUGUUUUGCAGGAAAUGACGGUAGACACAUUUAUUCCUAAUGACACUAAGAUUCUUCAUGAUGGAAGAAUAAAUAUCAUCACUGGUCCUAAUUUUUCUGGAAAAAGUAUCUAUAUAAAGCAGAUUGCUAUAAUUGUUUUUCUCUCCCACAUUGGUAGUUUUGUGCCCGCCGAUGCAGCAACUGUGGGUCUAACAGAUAGAAUAUUUUGUGCAACGGGAAGCAGGCUUAUGACAGCUGAACAAUCGACAUUUAUGAUUGAUCUACAUCAAGUAGGGAUGAUGCUCAGGCAUGCUACUUCGCAAUCUUUGUGUUUGGUGGAUGAAUUUGGUAAAGGUACUCUGAAAGAAGAUGGCAUUGGUCUACUUGCUGGAACCAUAAAUCACUUUGUCACGUGUCAUGAACCUCCAAAGGUUUAA